AUGCGAAAUACUUUUAUUUGGGCUGCCAUUUUGGCAAGCUUGACAACAAUAUUAUCAAGACCGACAAGUAGAAAUGAAUUAAGUGCAUUGGUAAAUGAUCUCUUUGCAAGACAACAAUCCGUCAAUUCAUCUUCUUCAACUGUAAAUGCAUCCGAUUGGACAUUCAUAGAAACCGUUUUAAAUCAAACAAGUUUUACUGCUCAACCUUAUGUUUCAAAUGGUUAUAUCGGCGCACGUUUACCGGCAGCAGGCGUUGGAUUUCAAUCAUUCAACCCCGAACCAAAUAAUCCAGAAGCAUUAGGUCAAGGAUGGCCAAUCUUUGGUCCUCGUGUUACAGCAACAAUGGUAGCUUUCUUUUAUGACCAACAAAAUUCAACUUUAGGUACAAAUUUCCCACAAACAGGAGGAGAACAAGUUAUUUCACUCUUACCUUCUUGGCCGCAAUUGUUCUUCACAAUUCGUAAUUCGACCGAUAAUUCAUCAGAAGCAACUUAUGCUCCUGGAGUUGAUUCAAAUACGAUCAAAUACUUCUCUCAAUCUUUAUCUGUCAGAAAUGGAACUGUGAUCACCGAUGUUCAAUGGCAACCUGAAGGAUACACACAACCGAUCAAUUUACGUUAUACAGUGAUCGCACAUAGAAAACGUGCUCCUUUAGGUUUGAUGCAAUUACAGGUCUCCGGUUUAACUAACGGAACUUCUUUUGUCAUCACUGAUGCUCUUGAUGGUCAAGCAGCAGCAAGAACGCAAAAUGGCACAAGUGGUAAAACAACAGAACAAGAUAAUAGCAUUUACUCCACUGUUGAGCCAAAUGGCAUUCCCAAUGUGACCGCUUACAUGUUUUCAGCUUUGCAAGGAGAUGAUUCGGUUCUAGGCUCGAAUACCAGCCUGCCCACUUCAGUAGGCAAAUUGAUCGGUUCUGAAAACGCAUCAACUAUCACACAAUCAUACGAAGUGCAAGUCGAUGGAAAUUCACAAAUGAUCAAUGUAUGGAAAGCGGUAGGUAUUGCAUCAAGUGAUGCUUUUGGUGAAGCUGCACGUCAAACUGCACUUUCGGCCACACAACAAGCACGAGCUGAUGGAUGGGAUUCAUUGAUAAAUGAACAUGUACAAGAAUGGGAAGAAGAAUGGGAUGAUGGAGGUGAUAUCAUCAUUCAAAAUCAAUCAACUCCUUUGCUUCGUCAAUUACAACGUCAAGCCCGUGCAAGUUUGUUCCACAUUCUAACAAACGUUCGUCGUGGAAGUGAAGGACCAGGCUUAGGAGAUAAUUCUAUUGCGCCUGCAGGUCUAACAUCUGAUUCUUAUGCUGGCUCUAUCUUUUGGGAUGCGGAAACGUUCAUGUUCCCAUCGAUGUCUCUGCUAUAUCCACAAUUUGCUGAAUCGAUGCUUAACUAUCGCUCAAAGGUACCCGAUCAAUUAGAGAAGAACGCUCAACAAUACGGAAAGCCAGGUAUUCUUUACCCAUGGGUGAGUGCACGCUUUCAAAAUUGCACAGGAAUUGGACCUUGUUAUGAUUAUGAAUAUCAUUUGAACAAUGAUAUCGUAUUGGCACACUGGCAAUACUACAUACAAACGAAUAAUCAAACUUUCUUGGCAGAUCAAGCAUGGCCAAUCAUGGAAGGCGUUUCACGUUUUUGGGCUUCACAAGUUACCCCAACGCCGUCAAAUGCAACUUUGCAAGGGGAAAAUAAUGGUACCGUCAAUCCUCCUGCCGGUGUGCGUCGUUAUGAAACUUUGAACGAAACAGAUCCGGAUGAAUAUGCAAACCAUAAGAACAAUGGUGCUUUCACAAAUGCAGGCUUGACAACAGUCAUGUUGGAUACUUUGUACGCCGCCUCUUUGCUCAACAAGUCUAUCGAAUCUCUAAGUGCGCAGAACUGGAGCGCAGUUGCAAAUGAGAUCACACUAUUGCGCGAGAACUCUUCAAACAUCGUCUUGGAAUAUGAAGGAUUCAACAGUACAGUGCAAGUCAAACAAGCAGAUGUUCCUUUGCUCAUCUAUCCGCUAGAGUACAAUCGUGAAUUCCCUGAUCGAGAGCCAGCCCCAAGAUCAGACCUUAACUAUUAUUCCGAGGCAACUGACCCUUCAGGCCCAGGUAUGACUUAUUCUAUCUAUGGUAUCGCCGCAACACAGCUCAAUGGUGAAAAGGAUACGUACCUUGGACCCUCUUGCGAAGGUUUCACAAGAUUACUUCAAGCCGGAUUACCAUAUGAACGUCAAUUCGGUCAAUUUAGUGAACAGGUUGACGAUGAUUACAAAACCAAUGGUGGUAAAAAUCCAGCAGGAGGUACAAAUCCUGCUUAUACCUUCUUGACCGGUCAUGGUGGUUUAUUACAGAUGUACACUCAUGGCUUCUUGGGCUAUCGUGCAAGAAAUUCAACGGAUAACAGUAUGUUUAUCGAUCCAAACUUGCCACCUCAAUUAUCCGGUGGAUUGACGAUUCGUGGUGUUCAUCAUGGUGAUAGUAUUUUGGAUGUUGAAUUGGGUAACAUGACUACCACAAUCACACAUAGGAAUGGAUCUUCACCCGUUUCUAUCCAAACAAAUAACGGAACACAAUCCGUUCCAGUUGGACAAUCGAUUCAAGUUUCCACAAGAACGAUCGACAGUUUUGAGAACAAUAACAGCGGAAAUCAGACAAACUUUGCUUUAUGCACUUCAAUCGAUGACGGAAGUGAGGCAAACGUAACGGAUUCAACAUCGUCUGCUGAACUUACGAGUAUGUUCCAGGCUGCACAUACGGGUACAAAUGUUGCUUUUGGAGCAAAUGAUGGUUCAAAUGCAACGUAUUAUCAACCCGUUCAUGCGAACCAAUCGGCUUCUUUGAUGAUCGAUUUGGGUAAAGUACAACAGUUGAGCAAGGUUCAUUUGAACUUUGGUACACUUCCACCUCAAUUCGUUUCUUUAUCCAUUUCAGAGGAUAAUACUCAAGCAAAUCAGACAGAAAGUGCCAACAGUACUUCAUCCGCUUAUCGCACCAUUAUCGAUCGUAUGGCCAUCAAUAUCACUGCGCCAUAUGAUGCGAAUGACGUUGCAGUGAAACAAGCAAUCGUUCAAUUACCAAAUGCAUGGAAUGUUACCGAUAUCGAUUUGACAAAUUCAACAUCCGCAUCAAACUCCACCAGCGGUUCAGGUUCGUUGCAGGCCCGUUACGUAAAUCUAACGAUGGAAGGCGUUGCAACUCCUCAACCAUUGGGAGAAGGUGCAACAUUGCUCGAAAUUCAAUUGCAAUAA